AGUUGCUGAUCAUCUGUUUGCUUCGUGCCUGUGAACAACUGAGACUGAUUCAAAGAUGGCAGAACCAGCUGAUGUCAAGACUGUUGAACAACUAAAGAUGGAGAGAAUGACAGCGAAGAGGUCGCUAACCCGACUAAUCAAUAACAUAACUCGGACGCAUGAAGACAUGACUGAAGAGGAAUUGAAGGACUGUUUCCACAAACUCMAUAAAGAGGCUGAAAGAGUAAUGGCAGCGAAUGAUGAUCUGAAAGCAAGUCUCAUUGCAGAAAUGGACUCCAAAUUGGGUGAAGAUGAAGAAGCUGCAUUGACUGAGCAGCAGAAAUCUGACUUGGACAAAACUGCAAAUGAAUGUGAUGCAAAAGUGAAAGAAGUCAAAAGUUUAAUCCAGGAGACCCUGUGGAGAACUGUUGGGAAAACUGAACUGUUAAUUGCACUUCAAGUAGCUGAAUCAGAAUGUGAACAUGUUGCUACUAUUGCACCAGGAGUGGAAAAAGAAGCAUAUGACUUCACCCUCAGUCAUCUGAAGGAACUUUUAAAGGCUGCAAAAAAAGCUCAUUGCCGCUGGAAAAGAUGGAUCCCUCAUGACUAUCGGGAUGAAAUUCAAGAUCGGCUGAGAGGGUUGGAACUUAGUGUCCCCAAGCUGGUCUCCAGGACAGCAGAGUUCAUUAAUGCAAAAUUAAAAGAAGGUGAAAAAAGAAAGGAGCAAACUGUAAUGUCCCAAAAUUAUUCUUUACCCACCAUCAAGUUAAAACCAACAUCCCUCCCWAAGUUUCAUGGAAACAAACGUGAUUUUUACAGAUGGAAAAUGGACUGGGAAGCACUUCAAAAACAAGGAGAACCAACUGGUUCACAGGAGGUGAAGAAAGUGCAAUUAUUGGACAGUCUAGAUGAGAAAAUCACAAGAGACCUUUGCUUAACCUCCUACAGCUCAGCAGAAGAUAUUUUUCAAGUCCUUGAGAACCGCUAUGGAAAUCAGACAGCCAUUGCAAUUGAAAUUGUGGAGGAGUUACAGAGAAUUCCUGCAGUUAGAGGUCACCAGCCAAGAAGAAUCGUGGAGUUGAUUCUAGCUGUUGAAAAAGCUCUUAAGGAUUUAAGUGACCUUGGAAAUACUGGCGCCAU